AUGCCGAUCAACAGCUCUGUGAAUGGCACGGGCGCUGUCGAUGACGUCGUACCUCUACCUAUCACUGGCGACCUCUUCCCUUUUCCAUCACCGAGCGUCGACCUCGCCCCCGACUGGGGCUGGCUUCAGCAGUAUCCUCUCCCGGUUCUGCCCGUGCACACUGAUCCAUCGGGGCCUAUGGCAUCAACAAAUGAGAUGCCUGGUUUUCCGACUCUGAAUGAUGACUGGAUGAACCCCAGUUCCACCCAAGACCUGUAUAUAAGCCAAGAAGUCUAUGACUUUCUCACCGCGCUUGCGCCGGUCGUCGAGGCGAACCAUCCACUCGCUACUCAAGACAUUCAUACGAUACUGAACAACGCUUUUGUGUUCAUAAUGGACUCGCUGCCCAUCUUUCACCAGCCAACGUUCAGUUUUGAUCUUGUCCCGAGAGAGCUGUGUGCUUCUGUAUUCUGUGUCGGGCUGCUCAUUGCCCAGGAGCCAGCCUUGUGGCAGUUGGGAUGCUCCUUAAUGGCCCACGUACGAUCAGAACUGCUUCGAUACGUCGACAAGAACACAAUAUAUUUGGCGGAUCUGCCAAUUCUUCAAGCAAUGCUUUUGGUAGAGCUCUCUGGAAUGUACCUUGCCGACCGUGUAUCGAUGGAAUUGAGUGACAUAUUCCACGGCACCAUUGUCACUUUGUCCCGCCGCCUUGGGUUGUUUGAGUUGGCCUAUAGCAGCGCACGCACAAGCGCGGAUUCUGUCGACAAAAACGAGUGGCAGAAGCGUAUUGAUCAUGAGAGUGCAAAGAGGUUGGCAUAUUUUGUCUUUGCUCUCGACGUAGAACAUGCGUUAUUCUUCGGGCAUGAACGAAGCAUCCUUUCCAUUUACUCCAUGAAACUCGAGCUUCCAUCCGAGGAAGGGGACUGGCAAGUUCCGAGCCAUGGUGCCUACAUCAAGCAAGACGGCACAACGUAUCGGGCGAAGUACCAUCUCGUUUGCCAUAACCUUUUAUCUAUGCCGGAGUCUACGAAUAUACCACCGAAUCUCACGCAGUUCUCCAACUUGAUGAUUCUUCUGGGUCUGGCAUCUGUUGUGUUAGACUUGCUCCAACGUCGGCAAGACCCAUUCUUCGAUACCAAGCAAGCCUUAGCACGCUUAGGCGCCGUCCUGCCGGCCAUCCAUGCCCGGCUCAUGGCGGGACCGGAUGGGAUGAUGAAGAUACAUGGAAGGACCGUAUAUCACUUCACUGCAAUAUCAUUAUUCACACCUUUGGACGAUCUCGAACGGGCCGCGAAUGAUGGCUUCUCAAGAACAGGUCGGACACCUAAGCAACACACUAGAUCCGCAAUCAUUCGCCUCCUCACCAAGCACAAAGUAGGACCAGAGCCGGCCCGUCACGCUGUGCAUCUUUUGCGUUUGUUCUUGACACCGGUAGCUGGUGCUGAGAUCACUGCCAGCCAAAGUGCUGGCACCUUUGUGGUUGGGCCCGCCACAUUUCCGGCCUCAUACUCGCGAUAUGAGCCGUCGGCCUUGUACUUCGGCGUCCUGACGCUUUGGGCAUAUAUCAUUAGCCGCACCAGCGACGGUGAGGACAUUGACAGCCCUAUGGAUGACCAUUCAUACAUCUCGGAAGGGAACCUCCAAUCCCCACAGACGGGAAGUACAGCAUCCAUAACACAGGCUCCCAUCGCAUCGGUAUUACACGGCAUGGAGGCAGCUAUCACCAACGGCAACAAUCAGGCAUGCAGGAGCCAUUGGCGGAUCAUCGUGCAGCAUGCAUCGACUAUACUGUCUAUGAGGCGGAAUAGCAAUGCUCAAGAGUAUAGUCAGGUUUUGAGGUCACUUAAUGAUAAUCUUGGUUUCUAG